AUGGCCCCACGUCCAGUGAGCAUGCAGGAGCCGAUGUGUUUCAUUAGCAAUGAGAAGAAUGGAGGUCUGAGAGUGGAGCGGGAGGCUUUGAAAAUCCUGCAGCAGAUCAAGCAGCCGGUGGUGGUGGUGAGUAUUGUGGGGCUCUACCGCACCGGGAAGUCCUACCUGAUGAACCGACUGGCUGGAAAACAAUCAGGCUUUGCCCUGGGCAGCACAGUGGAAUCCAAGACCAAAGGAAUCUGGAUGUGGUGUGUGCCUCACCCCUCUAAACAAGGACACACACUGGUGCUGCUGGACACAGAGGGAUUGGGAGAUGUGAACAAGGGAGACCGAAACCACGACACCAAGAUCUUUGCUCUGGCCAUUCUUCUGAGCAGCACUCUGGUGUACAACAGCCGCGGCACCAUUUAUAAUAAGGCUAUCGAGGAGCUCCAAUAUGUAACAGAGAUUAGUAGAUUUAUAAAGGUCAGAUCGUCUGAUGAAGAAGGAGACGAUUCAGAUUUUGUGAAGUUCUUCCCAAAUUUUGUCUGGACCGUGAGGGACUUCACUCUGGAGCUAAAGAUCGGUGGUCAGGAUGUGACAGGGGAUGAAUACCUGGAGUACGGCCUUCAGCUGAAGAAAGGUUGUUCAGAAAAUGAAGUGGAUUAUAACCGUCCAAGAGAGUGCAUCCGAAAAUAUUUUCCAUCUCGGAGAUGUUAUACAUUUCCAUUUCCGACUAAUCCAGACAAUAUGUCUCGUUUGGAGAGUUUGAAUCCAGAUGAGCUUUCUGCUGCUUUUUUGGAGGUUGUAGAAGAGUUUUGCUCCUUUGUUUUUGAACACAGCCAAGAGAAAUUGUUGAAAGGUGGACACACCGUCAGUGGGAAAGUCCUUGGUGAUCUAGCAAAGACGUACGUAGACACCAUCUCCAGUGGUGGAAUGCCCUGUCUGGAGAAUGCUGUGGUCGCCAUCUCAGAGAAGGAGAAUAAAGCUGCAGUAGAAGAUGGGGUUUGUUUGUAUCGGAGUGGAAUGGACCGGCUGAAGCAAACCUUUCCUGUAGAGCUGCAGGUCGUGACCUCUAAACAUCGGGAACUCAACAGCAUGGCCAUUCAGGAGUUCAUGAAGCGAUGCUUCAAGGACGAUGAGGGAGACUUUAUGAAUUCUUUAGAGAGAGGCAUUGAUCUACAUUUUGAGCAGCAUUUAAAAAUCAAUGAGGAGGCUUCAAAGAAAAAAUGCCGGGAUCUUUUGAAUCGUCUAUCUGCUGAUAUGGCCGAUAAGCUCCAGAAGGGAGGCUAUGCUAAACCUGGAGGUUACAAACUCUACCGCCAGGACAUGGAUCAUAUUGUGGAGGAAUACAACAGUCAGACCAAAGAAUCAGUCAAGGCUAAAGAAGUCCUGGAGAAGUUUGUGACGAAGAAAAGCGAGGAAUCUGAACACAUCAGACAGGCAGAUAGCAAGCUGAGUGAGAAAGAAAAACACAUUUCUGAGGAGAGAGAGAAAGCUUUUCUCUUGGAACAGAAGAUGGAGGCUGAAAAGGAAGAGAAGCACUUGUUGGAAGCAAAGAUGAAAGCAGACCAGGACAGUUAUGAAGAGAAAAUUAAAUGGGUGGAAGGAAAACAUGAGGAAGAGAAGAGACGUUAUGAGCAGGAGUUUGAGAGAGCUCUGGAGAGCAAGAUGAGUGAGCAGAAGAUUAUGCUGGAAAAAGGGUUUGAAGAGGAAGCCAAGAAGCUACAGAAGGAGAUAGAACAGAGCAAGAAGGAGCAUGACGUAACUCGAGCCAAAUAUGAUACGGAGCUUAAGCUGCUGAGGGAAAAUUGGAAGGAAGAGAAGCAGGAGCUGGAGCGAAGAAAUGAGGAGGAAAGGGCUCGACAGAAUCGGUCACGGUUUGACUUCUGA